AAAAACCUCCCAUAAACCCCUCGCUCCCACUCAUUCAAUUCAGUGUAAAGCGAACCAGCCAUUGCUACAGAGGGAAUCCAUGGAUUCUUCGUCUCUUCUCCUCUUGUUGUUGCUGGGUUUCUUUUGUUUUUCUGAGUUCACAUCCCAUGCUCAACUUAUUCCAGAAGAUGAAGUGCAAACUCUUAGAACAAUAUUCACAAAGCUAAACUACAAAUAUUGGAACAUAAGCCAAGCUUCAUGCAGUGGAGGUUUCAACCGAACCAUCGAUGAUAAUAGCUACAGCAAUGUCACAUGCAACUGCACCUUCAACGAAGGAACUGUUUGCCAUGUCACAAACAUCCAGCUGAAGGGUCUUGAUUUGGAUGGAACUUUACCUGAUGAGUUUGGGGAUCUUCCUUAUCUGCAAGAACUUGAUCUCUCCCGAAACAAUGGAUCGAUCCCUAAGAGUCUCGGUCGGCUUUCUCUUACCAUUCUCGCUCUUGUUGGAAACAGAAUCUCUGGGUCGAUUCCUAAAGAAAUCAGUAAUAUCAGUACACUUGAGGAGCUGGUCUUGGCAGCUAAUCAGCUUGGAGAACAUCUCCCCCCAAGUCUUGGAAAGUUGAGUCAUUUAAGGAGACUUGUUCUUUCUGCAAACAAUUUCAUUGGAACAAUACCAGAAAAUUUUCACAAUCUGAAGAACCUAACUGAUUUUAGGAUAGAUGGGAAUAAUUUAUCUGGGAAGAUACCAGAUUGGAUUGGGAAUUGGACCAACCUUGAGAAACUGUAUCUGCAAGGCACAUCAAUGGACGGGCCCAUUCCUUCUACUAUAUCCCAGUUGAAAAACUUAAUCGAAUUGUUAAUAUCUGAUUUGAGUGGACCGACUACAUCUUUCCCCAAUUUGAAGGAUAUGAAAAACUUAAAAAUAUUGGUGAUGAGAAAUUGCUCCAUUACAGGUGAAAUCUCAAAAGACAUUGGAUAUAUUGAGAGUUUAAAACUUUUAGACCUGAGCUUCAACAGACUGAAUGGUACAAUUCCAGACAGCUUUAAGGAAGAAAAAAGGGAGAGAGCAAAACUUAAUUUCAUGUUUCUCACCAACAACUCACUGACUGGAGAAGUGCCCAGCUGGAUAAUAUCGGACACUAAAAACAAUAUUGAUUUAUCUUACAACAAUUUUACAGGGCCACCUCUUAGUUCUUACAAAAACCAAGUGAACUUGGUUUCAAGUUAUGCAUCUUCAGCAAGAGACAUGACCCCUUGGUUACAGAAGGAUCUCCCUUGCCCUCCUGGAAAAGCCAAAUACUAUUCCUUGUAUAUCAAUUGUGGAGGAGGGGAAACAACUUUUAAAAGGAAGGCAUAUGAAAAAGACGACAAUGUUGAGGGUCCAUCACAGUUCUUUACUGAUAGUAUAGACAAAUGGGCUUAUAGCAGUACAGGGGUUUUCAUAGGUGAUGAGGAUGGUAGUCACCUAGCCAAAAACACAUCUGCUUUGAACUCAGAGGAUGCUGAGAUCUACCAAACUGCUCGUCUUGCUCCCAUCUCACUCAAGUAUUAUGGGCUUUGCUUGCGAAAGGGCAUUUAUAGAGUGCGACUCUACUUCGCUGAAAUCAUGUUUUCUAAUGACCAGACAUUUGGUAGCCUUGGGAAACGCUUGUUCGAUGUUUCAAUUCAAGGGAAUGUAGUUUUGAGGGAUUUUAAUAUCAUGGAAGAAGCUGAAGGUGCUGGUAAGGGCAUUUAUAAGGAUUUUGAGGCUUCUGUUGAUGGUAGCACUCUGGAGAUCCACUUAUACUGGACAGGCAAAGGGACUAAUUCCAUUCCGGAAAAAGGCGUAUAUGGACCUCUCAUAUCUGCUAUUGCAGUGACAACAAAUUCUGAUCCCAACUUGGGGCUGUCUAUUGGAGGUAUUAUCGGCAUUGUGAUAACUUCAUGUGUGGUCCUUGUAUUGAUUUUGGUACUCCUGCGAACGAAAGGCUACCUAGGAGGGAAAGACCUUGAAGAUAGAGAACUACGUGAGCUAGGGAUGCAAACUAGUUAUUUCAGUUUACGACAGAUCAAAGCUGCAACAAAUAACUUUGACUCUGCGAGUAAGAUUGGUGAAGGUGGAUUUGGGCCAGUUUACAAGGGUGUACUGUCAAAUGGUUCAGUAAUUGCUGUUAAGCAGCUCUCUUCUAAAUCGAAGCAAGGGAACCGAGAAUUUGUAAAUGAAAUAGGCAUGAUAUCUGCCUUACAACACCCAAAUCUUGUGAAGCUUUAUGGCUGUUGUGUCGAAGGAAACCAGUUGUUGCUCAUUUACGAAUAUUUGGAAAACAAUAGUCUUGCACGUGCACUUUUUGGUUCCGAUGAACAGCGGCUAAAUUUGGACUGGCCAACUAGGAAGAAGAUAUGCUUGGGGAUAGCAAGGGGAUUGGCAUAUCUUCAUGAGGAAUCAAGAUUGAAAAUUGUUCAUAGAGAUAUAAAGGCAACAAAUGUGCUGCUUGAUAAGAAUCUAAAUGCUAAGAUAUCCGACUUUGGCUUGGCUAAGCUGGAUGAAGACGAGAACACCCAUAUCAGCACACGGAUAGCUGGAACAAUAGGAUACAUGGCUCCUGAAUAUGCAACAAGGGGUUACUUGACCGACAAAGCAGAUGUUUACAGCUUUGGAGUUGUUGCUUUAGAGAUUGUCAGCGGGAAAAGCAACACCAAUUAUAGGCCAAAGCAGGAGUUUGUUUAUCUUCUUGAUUGGGCUUAUGUCCUGCACGAGCAGGGAAACCUUCUGGAGCUGGUGGAUCCAAGUCUUGGAUCAAACUACUCAGAGGAGGAGGUGAUGGGGAUGCUGAACUUGGCCCUCUUAUGCACCAACCAGUCUCCCACUCUCAGGCCAUCCAUGUCCUCUGUAGUGAGUAUGCUUGACAGCAAAAUUGCAGUCCAAGCACCAACGAUCAAGCAUGAUUCGAUGAACCCAGAUAUGAGAUUCAAAGCCUUUGAGAAGCUCUCACUGGACAGCCAGUCUCAAGUCUCAGCAUUCUCGUUAGACAGUCAGGUCCAAGGCAGCACAUCAGUUGAUGGGCCAUGGAUUGAUUCCUCAAUUUCCGUCCAUAGCAGAGAAGAAACAAGGGGAUUUCCUUCAUCAAGCAAGCUUCUUACAGGACACCAAGAUCUUUACAGUACACAUUUGGACUGAUCAAUGAAAAUAUGAGUGAACCAGCCAAUCAAGAAUUGUUGCAGAGAGAAUUCAUGGAAUCUUCGUCUCCUCUUCUCUUGUUGUUUCUGGGCAUCUUUUGCUUUUCUGAGUUCAUGUCCUGUGCUCAAUUGCCCACGGAAGAUGAAGAGGAUACAUGGAUCCUGAAUACUCGAAGAGGGGUUGCUUAACUGAGGAACAGCAACACCAGUUGCUGCCCAAAGCAGGAGUUUGAUUGUCUUCUCCAUAGGGAUAUCUUUUGGCUUCCUGCACGUCCUUUCUGGACAGUCUUUUCCUCUACAUUUUCAAGUUUCAUUAUCAAUUAGCAUGCUCAAAGGCAAAUCUGCGGUCCAAGCAACGAGCAUCAAGCAUGAUACAAUCAACCCAGGUAUGGGAUUCAAAGCCUUUGAGAAGCUCUCACUGGACAGCAAGCUUCAUGUCUCAAUAUUCUCUCAGGCCAGUCAGAUCCAAGGCAGCAUAUCGGUUGAUGGACCAAGGAUGGAUACCUCGGUUUCCUUCAAUAGCAGAGAAGACUCGAGGAUUCUUCAUCAAGCAAGCUGCUUACCAGGUCUGGAACAUGGAAGGUUUGAGUCUACCUUAAUCUAACCAACCCGAAUCCAACUCAAAAAAAUGCAAGCUUUGGUUGACUGAUAAUGAAAACAUGAGGAAUGCUAAUAUUAUGAAAAAUGAUGCUUGAAAACUAUUUUGAUUUGAAUAUGUGCAGAUUCUUGUGUGAAUGGAGUGGUUCGAGUCAACACAGAGACAAGGAUUCAAAUAUAGAAAAAUAAAAUUCUGGAUGACACUUACUAAA